AUGCCUCCCCAAAGCCGAGAUGACAGGAUCCACCUAGUCAACGUCUUCACGUCGGAUAGUGGAGGCGGGAACCUCGCGCCCAUUGUUCUCCGUGCAGAAGGUCUGACGGACGAGGAGAUGCGCGGAGUGGCGCACAAGCACGAGCGGGAAAGCGCGUUCGUGCUGCCGCCUCCACCAUCACUGGAAGAUGGUUCGAACGUGGAUUUCCAGCUGCGGUUCUUUGUACCAGAGCACGAGAUGGAGAUGUGCGGCCACGCCACCGUGGGCACAGCUUGGGCCAUGCACGAGCUGGGCAUUUCGCAGAAGCCGGAGCUCAGGUUCUCAACCAAGUCUGGUCUCGUGCGCACCAUCCGUCGCAUGGAGCAAGGAGACGGGCACGACGCGCAGAAGGUGAAAGUUUUUGUGUCUCAGCCGAAGGGGACGGUCCAGGACGUCGUGGACGAGGCAUUGCUCGCGGAGAUCCUCUCCGUGCUGGGUAUCUCUGACGAGCAGCUUGAUCAGACGACGCGGCAGGCCGUCCAGAACGCAUGCACGAGCCGAGUUAAGACAGCGAUCGCGUUGAAAAAUGCAGACGUGUUGAAUAAUCUACGGCCUGAUUUCUCGCGUGUCAAGGAUCUCUGUGAGCGGUUGGGGUCGACAGGCCUGUACCCCUAUGCAAUCGUACAGCGAGGGAAUACCAGCGGAGCCAGCGGCAGCCAAGCGGUCCAGAUCGAAGCACGGCAAUUCCCGAAGGCCUCGGGGUACCCUGAAGAUGCCGCCACGGGGAUCGCGGCAGCGGCUUUGUCUUAUGCUCUCCUAGAAAAUGGCGUGCUGGGUGUCGGACAGGAGGCCGUUGUCUAUCAGGGACGAGCAAUGGGCUAUCCGUCGCAAAUCAAUGUGCUGCUGGAGGAGAACGGAUGCUGGGUAGGCGGCACCUGUGCAUGGGAGCAGCUGUCGAGCUGA